CCUCGUUCUCCUCCACGCGACGAAUAACAAUGCAGAGCAUCACACUUAUUCUACUUCUCUGCACUCUCAGGACGGAUUUCGUCUUGAGCCAGUCCGACGACAGCACAGACUGUGCAAAACUGGAUUUCAAGAAAAUACCAGCGACCUGUUGCAAAACACCAUUCGGCAAUGUUUUGGACACAAAGUUAAUGUCUGACAUCAAGUCGUGCAAACCCAGCGCCAAAUUGCUGGAAUGGGGCAACAGCUACAAAAUGAAUGUGAUUCAGUCCAAAUCAAUGCAGAAUUUCCCUGACAACUCAUCUUCAGCUUUUACAAAAGACGCUUGUGCAGCUGCGGUUUUUAUGAACUGCGUUUUUGCGGCCAACUCGUGGGUGUCAGCUGAUGGAAGUAUCAACGUGGCAACGUUUACAGAAUAUCUUUUGAGCGUCACUUCGAGCACAACUUGGAAGGGAAUCGUGAGCAAGAUGCUGAACCCUCUGGAUUCGACGAUGGCUGCUUCUUACCCUUUCACUGACAUUGUUGAGGACAAUUUCGAAAGUGCCACUUGUAGCAAAUCAAAAGUUAAUCUCCUUCCGCUCAUCUUUGUGCAGAUGAUCCAGAGUGAACUGGUUUGGAUGUGCCCACAACAAAACGUGUACUCGAUCAAAAACAAGUGCGAAGAAACGAUGUACAACUUCCAAUACUGUGAUGGGAAAAUCUAUGACUCCUCGGCAAAAGGGAUUUUCUACUUUGCAGUUUAAAAAUGAAUAUUAACUAAUUUUGCGUGCAACCAG